AUGUCUACAACGGAUAUAUUCAACAAACUUACAUUACAAUUUCCUCACUUGACUGAGCAAGAUGUGGGUGAAUUAAUUGGUAUGAUGGUAAUGAAUCAUACAGGAUUACAAGCAAGAACAGAAAUUCCAUCAUUUAUGCAAUCUAUUGGUAUUGCAAAGUAUGACUUUAAAGAAAAUGUAUCAUCAUGGAAUUUAGAUAAUUUUGUUUCCGUGAUGAAGAACAAGGACUUGAACUGGAAACAAGUAGUAGCCUGUUUAGAUUACCCAAACUUUAAAUUCAGAGAUCAAAAAGGAUUAUCAAUGGUUGUAACCUUAUACAAAAAGUUAACAGGAGAAAAGCUCCCACUCGAUGUUUUUGUUUGUAGAAAGUGGAACAAUACUGAAGCACAAUUAUCUUUUAUCCUUCUUGCCCUUGAUGCACCUCCUGAUAUUAUCGACUUUACAUCAGACAAGCUUCGACAUGUAGAUAUUUCCUUCCUUCCUUCACACAAAAACCAAAACACAACCUGGGGUACAAUUGAUUUGAUAGAAACUCUUAUCAAUUUGGCUGAUAAUGAAAAUAUUGUUGCCAUUAGAAAAGUUUUUGAAGCACCAAUCAAACAAUGUCCUGAACAAUUUUUACUUGCUUUGGCACAGUCAAAACCUACCAAUGCUUUCUUACAACAAGAAUUCAUCUCUCAAAUUGUACCAAUCUUUGUCAAACCACACAAAAAUUCUUUCCCUGUUCUUCACAAGUUGUGUGAAGUAAAUCAAUCUCUUCUCAUUGCUUCACUCUCUGAUUCUUACAGAAAGGAUGCAACACAAUUGAGAAGAAUUUUAGAUAUUGCUCAAGAGUUGAAAAUUCUUGAUGCAAUCCUUGAAUCCAGACCAUUCCGUUUUGCUAUUGAAAUUGCUGUAUUAGCAUCAAAGAGAGAUCACCUCAACUUGGAAUUAUGGUUAUUAAAUAACUUGGAGAGGUACACUAGUGAAUUUGCUCAAGAGGUAAUUUCAUAUUUAACAGACGGUAUUACAUCAUGGAAAGAAAAGAAUUCACAAUCUUCUUUCACUGUUGAUUCUGCUAAAAUCAUUUUCAAAUGUUUGGAUAAGGCUAGAUCUAUCAUUGUUAAUGAAGUACUUGAACAAGCUUACCAAGUUUAUCAAACACUUGAUGAUAGUAUUAAGAAGGAAAUUUCAUCAUCAGAAUUCCAACUCUCACCAGAAGUUGAACAAAAAACCAAUCAAUUCUUCCUCUCCAUGUUCCGUGCAGAGAUUACAGUUGAAGCUGGUAUUGAAAAAUUGAAAGAUUUGAAACUUUCAAAGAGUAAGGCUGACCAAGAAAUGUUUGCCUGUGUUAUUCACAACUUAUUUGAUGAAUAUCGUUUCUUUAACUUGUAUCCUGAUGAUGUUUUGGGAGUAAUGGCCAAAUUAUAUGGUUACAUUAUUCAACAUAAUAUUAUUGUUGCUAAAACUUUAAAGUAUGGCUUGAUUUGUGUCUUGACUGCCUUGUCAAGUACAGAAGUUAAAAUGUUCCAAUUUGGUCUUAUUGCUCUCUCACUCUUCAAGACUAGAGUUUCCGAGUGGCCACAAUUCUGUGCUCACUUGAGAACAAAGGUACCACAAGUUUUUACUCACAUUCCAGACUUGGCUCAACAUGCUGCAAAGGGCUUUAGUAUGGUUGAUUCAAUGCUACCAACAGAUCAAAUGACCAUUCAAUCUCCAACACUUCCUCCUACCUCUCUUUCUCCACAACCAAUGAUACAACCAAAUACUGGUAUGUCUUCUCCACUCAAUGCUGGUUAUUCUCAAAUGCCAAUUUCUCCACCAGUUUCUGCAUCACAAGCUGGUAUUUCAAUGACAAGUUCUCCACCUCCACCAGUACAACAACCAACCAAGGAAGAUCCUCAAACUCCAACAAAGAUUAAAAAGGAAGAAGAAAAAGAUAGAGCCUCACCAGGCAUUGGAUUCCAAUUGGAUAUUAGUACUCUUACUAAUCAUGCUAACACUCAAGAAAUUGAAAAACCUGACAAUGACACUGCAGAUAAGAUUUUCUUUGUCAUUAACAAUCUCUCUCUUACCAAUAUGGACAAGUGUGCAGAAUUGAAACAACUCUUGGCACCUAACCUCUAUCCAUACUUUUCUAGAUAUAUUGUUGUUAAUAGAGCAAGUUUGGAACCUAACUUCCAUGCUGUUUACAGCAAAAUGUUGGCUACUCUCCAAAUAGAAUCAUUGGAUAAAUGUAUCUUGAAACAGACUUAUGAAGCCAUUUCUGCCUUGUUAGAUUCUGAAAGAAUUACAACUAGCUUGUCAGAAAGAUCACUCCUCAAAAAUUUGGGAAGUUGGCUCGGUUUACACACUGUAGCAAAGAACAAACCAGUUUUACAAAAGGAUUUAGACAUUAAGACUCUCUUGUUCAAUGCUUAUGAAAAGGGAAGGCUCAUUGCUGUUAUUCCAUUUGUUUGCAAGAUUUUGAACAAUUGUUCCAAGUCUAAAGUUUUUGUACCACCAAAUCCUUGGGUCAUGGGUAUUGUUUCAUUGCUAGUUGAGAUUCACUCCAUUCCUGAAUUGAAGCUUAACUUGAAGUUUGAAGUUGAAAUGUUGUGCAAGACUCUCAAGCUCACACUCUCACAAGUUGAACAACAAAACAAGGAGAAGGGUGUACAACUUCUUGCAGGAAAGGUUCAAGUCAAGAAGAAUAAUCCAGAUAUUAACGCUCAAACAGGAGCUGAACAACCAACUACAAAUGCUCCAACUACAGUACCUACUACUACUGGCACAACUUCAACCAACAAGGCUGAAAAAUUAUUCAACAUUCUCAAGAUUUCAGAUGCCAGUGUGGUAAUUGCUGAUUUACAAGACCAAGUCAAGAUUUCAGACAGUCUUACCAUCUUUAAGGAUCAACCAGAGUUGAGAAAACUUGUUGUUAUUGCCCUUGAUCAAACAAUUCGUGAGAUUAUUGCUCCAGUUGUCAAGAGAGCAGUUACAAUUUCUUGUAGAACAACUGGUGAAUUGAUCAUUAAGGACUUUAUUGCCGAACCAGAUUAUCAAAAACUUGCUCGUUCUGCCAACUUGAUGGUUUCCAAUCUCGCUGCCAAGCUUGCUAAGGUAUCAUGCAAGGAUUUACUCAAGUCUAGUUUGCAAGGUCAUUUGAAGAGACUUUUGGAAACAGCCUGUAUUAAUCCAACUGAAAAGGUCAAGACAUUGAUCGAACAAGUUGUUAAUGUUGUCAGUAAUGAUAAUAUUAAUGUUGGUACUGCCUAUGUUGAACAGGCAGCCAGAGACAAGAGUAUGAUUGAUGUAGCUGAAACACUUCAAUCCGAAAUUGAACUCAGAAAGGGACACCAAAAUGGAGCUAUUGGACCUUGGACCAACUAUACCAUGCCACCAGCAAUUCAAAGACUUCCUGACUUGUUGGCUCCAAAGAAUGGACUCCACAGAAAUCAUCUCCAAGUUUAUGAAGAUUUUGAAAGAAAGAUUCACUCUGAAAAACCAAGAGAAGAUAUGUUACCAAUCAAUGUAGCUAUUGAUCAAGGAAAGGUAACACUUGCCAAGAUUUUCGAUUUUAUCAACCAAGCUAAGAAGCAAGUUCCUUCUCUCUUGUUUAUUCCUCCUCAAAGCGAACUCUACACAAACAUUGCCAAGCUCAGAUCCGUCUUGACCCAAUCUGUCCAAGGUGGCGAAACUGCUGAAGAGCUUGUAUCUGAUUUGUUCAACAAGCUUUAUGAAAAUGAUUUACCUAUUGUCAAGGAGACUUGUGUUCUCUUGAUGAUGAUUAUCAGAGAUAUGGAAUCAGAAUCCUCCAUCCAACAAGUCACCAAUCUUUGGAAGGGAAUGAAGAAUCAACAAAAGCUUGAAAAGGAUAUUACAACAGCAUUGAUUAGAGCAGACUUGUUAGAUUUACCAAGUGUAGAUAACGAAUUGGUUUCCCUCUUGGCCGACCAAUCUUGUGCUAACUUGACCCUUUCUUUAUUAUUGCACCUUAUUCAAAAGCUCGUCUCUCAUAAGAGUACUAUCAUGUUGAAUGACUUACCAAAGUGUAGCAGCUUUAUCCAAAAUCAUUUGAAGAACCUUCCUGAAAGCAAUCAUAUUGCUUUAAUGUUAGAUCAAGCUUUGAAGACUGCAACUGCUUUACCUGAAAAUACUUUGACUAUCAUGUUCAAUGCUUCCUCAGAUUUUGAAUCCCAAGAUAGAUUCAUGAUGAGAGAUCAACUCACCAAGAAGCUUUUGGCUUGGGUUCACUUGUUUGAUGCUCCAGUUAAUCCAGGAUUCCUUGGUAUUGAUUUGAGAAGCACAUCAGCAUCUCUCUACCAAUUGAUCAAUGAAAAUAAGGAAAUUUUAUUGGCUGAAUUGAAGGAAAUUUCAAAGAAUGAUAAGUUCUUUGAAGAAUUAAUUUUGAACAUGCUCCAAAUCACUUUGGAAUACUAUUACAAGUGUAUUACUCCAGUUCCAGGUCAACAACAAUUCAAGUUUGCUGAUGCCUUUUCUGAAUUGAUUGGUAAUUUGAUCUUUGGUGAAAGUUAUCGUGCCAAGAUUGUUACUAGAUUCCACAUUACUCUCACAACUAUCAAGCAAUUCAUCAUUAGAGAUCAUGACCUCCAACAAACCAACUUUAAUCAAAGAAUCUACUUGAGAUUAUUGUCCAACCUUCUCACUCAAAUCAAUACAUUCUUGCCACAACCUGUUAUCCAAAGUGCUGACUAUCAAAUUGAUGAAAGAAUUAUUGAAUUGAAUGUUGAAUUAUUGAGUGCCUUUGCUGAUGCCUUGAGUGAAUUGGAACCAUCUGCCUAUCCUGGAUUUGUAUUUGGUUGGUUAGAUUUGAUUGCUCACAGACACUUUAUGCCAAAACUUCUGUCACCUGUAGGCAAGAAGGGUAUGCCAAAAUUCCACGCUCUUGUUAUGCACUUGUUCAAGUUCUUGGAACCAUACUUGAGAAACAUUUCCUUGAGCAAUCCAGUCAAGCUCGUCUAUAGAGCAUCACUCAAGAUUUUAUUGGUUCUCUUGCACGACUUCCCAGAAUUCUUGUGUGACUAUCACUUCUCUCUCUGCAAUGUUAUUCCAAGUACUUGCAUCCAAAUGAGAAACUUGAUCCUCUCUGCCUUCCCUCGUCACAUGAAGCUUCCAGACCCAUUCACUCAAAAUCUCAAGGUUGAUUUGCUUCCAGAAAUUAAUGAACCUCCAAAUAUCCUCAGUGACUAUAUGUCCUACUUCACCAAGGAUUUGAAUGCUGAUAUUUUGGAUAGCUUUGUUCUUACCAGAGAUGUUAAUAUUUUGAAUCAACUUUCAGCCAAGUUGAAGCUUUCUCCUCAAGAAGCUGAAGAAGUAGGAACAGCCUACAAUGUCCCACUUAUUAAUGCUAUUGUCAUUUACACUGGUAUCAUUGCUACAAGACAACAAAGUAAUCCAGUCAUUAAUACUCCAGCCACUGAUAUUCUUCGUAAAUUAAUUUUCGAAUUGGACUCUGAGGGACGUUAUUUGGUUUUGAACUCACUUGCCAAUCAAUUGAGAUAUCCUAACAUUCAUACUCACUUCUUUAGUUGUGUAAUUUUGAACUUGUUCCUUGAAACUGUUGAUAAGGAAUUCAUCCAAGAACAAAUUACCAGAGUUCUCAUUGAACGUUUGAUUGCCAGUAGACCACAUCCAUGGGGCUUGUUGAUUACCUUCAUUGAAUUAGUCAAAAAUAGCAGAUACAAGUUCUGGGAAAAGCCAUUCAUUCACUGCUCUGGUGAUAUUGAUACCAUGUUUCAAAAUGUUAGAUUUUCACUUUAAAUAAAUAAUUGAUAUCAAUUG